GCCAAGGGGGCUGGCAUUGCCUCCUUUUCAACUCGGCUCGGCUCCCCUCCGGCUCUCGCCCUCAAGGGCGCAGGGGGUUUUCCCGGCUGGACGAGCUGGGAUCUGCACGCCCGGAGGGUACGCGGAAAGAGGCGCAGACCCGCCCUUGGAAAGCAAGGGCGGCGGGAGGAGGAGGAGGAGGAGGAGGAGGAAGGAGGACGAUCGGGUAAGGCGAGCCGACUCAAAGCAGGCUGCGCAGCCCAGGCGCCCCCGGGCUGGCUGGCGCAACUUGGACGGACUUUGAUUGCGGGGCAGGGAAGAGGAUCACGGAUUCUCUUGACCAUGCACCCCAACGCUUGCAGGCCUCCUGGCUUCCAGGACUCUUCCUUGGCAUGGAAGCUCUGGGUCCAGUUGCUGCUUCUGAGUUUUCUCCUGCCGGCUCAGCUGGGAGCUGUGGAGAUCAAGGUCUCUGAAGAUCCGGUGGUGGCCCUGGUUGGCCACGAUGCCAUUCUCCACUGUUCCUUCUCGCCGGAGGCCAACUUCAGUCUGAACGAACUCAGCCUCUUCUGGCAGGUGACCGAUACCAACCAGAUGGUGCACGGCUUCACGGAAGGCCGGGAUCAGCCGGCCUACCAGGGCAGCACCUACGCCAACCGCACUGCCCUCUUCUACGACCAGCUGGCCCAUGGCAACAUGUCCCUGCUGCUACGCCGGGUGCAGAUUUCCGACGAAGGGAGCUUCACCUGCUUCGUCAAAGUGCGAGACUUCAGCAGGGCGGCUGUUAGUCUGCAAAUGGCAGCGACCUACUCCAAGCCAAAUGUCAAUCUGGAACCCAGCAAGAACCUGAAGCCGGGGGACCUGGUCAAAGUGAAAUGCCAUAGCUUCUCUGGGUACCCUGAAGCUGUUGUGCUCUGGCAAGAUGGGCACGGCAACAACCUCACCGACAACAUCACCACCUCCCAGAUGGCCAAUGAGCAGGGCCUCUUCGACGUCCAGAGCAUCCUACAGGUGGUGCUGGAACCCAAUAGCACCUACAGUUGCCUGAUCAAGAAUCCUCUGCUUCAAGAGGUGACCCACGCUUCCGUCACCAUCACAGGACAACACCUUCUCUUCCCAGCAGUAGCUCUGUGGGUCACCGUAGGGCUGUCGAUUUGCCUUGUGGUCCUUCUGAUGGUCCUGGCGUACGUCUGCCAGAAGAAGAUCCGUCAAAGUUGCAAAGAGGAGAAAGCGAAAGCCGCUUUGCAACCUCUGAAAAAUAUGGAUGUCAAGGAAGAGAUGGCCGAAGAAAUUGAUUGACGAUGUUGGAGGUCAAAGC